AUGGCUGAAUCAGACCGCAGCGCAGUCAUCGACGAGAGUCCCAUCUCGCCCGUCCGUCCAGCUUCACAUGUCCGCCAAAACUCCCUGGAGAAGCACCUCCAGCACCGUCCUGAUCCCCAAGAACUUAAGGAUAGGCACAUUCUACUGGAUACUACCGCUGCCCCUGCUCUCCAGUCCGCCGCCCAUGAUCUCGAACGCCAACGUGCUUCGGAUAGUUUGAAGAAGGGUCUUGAGAAGCGCCCACAGCGAGAGGAUCUAGUCGAGCGUAACAUUCUCCCCGACUCAACCGCCGCCCCCGCAAUCGUUGGCCACCAGCGGGAGCUCGAGAAACACAUGCGCGCCGAUAGCUUGAAUGAGAAGAUUUUGCACCGCCCAAAGCCAGAACAACUGCUCAAAGAGGGUAUUUUGACCGAGGAUCCGACGGCGAUUGAUUCAACUGCGGCGGACAAGUUAUACGAGGAGAACAUCGAGGAGGAAUAUGCUAAGCGGGAGGGAGGAGCUUAA